AAAAUCUUGAGCAAACACACAAAGAGCAGGCGGAGGCUGUAUCUGCUGACGUACAGCCAGUGGCUGUGAGCGAGAAUCCGUUUGCUCCGAGCCUCUGAAUCACACAGCAUCUCUACAGAAGCAUCUCCAACAAACAGAAGAGCAGCAGAGGAUCUUUGAAAACAAACAAUUGUAGAACUGCAACAUUUGUUAACUACACCUUCAGCUUUCAGAUUCCUCUAUUUUUAUUUAUUCCAUUAUCUGAAUCUUUUUUUUUUUUUACUCUCUAUAAUUUUUCAGCUUUUUUUAAUAAUUUUUUUGUUUCCUCUGUAAUUUCCAUCCCUCAUCUGUUAUAUGUUCUUCCCCAUAUAUUUAUCUUUAAAAAAUCCUGAUGAACGACUCAUACCUGCAGUUUUUUAAAAGGCAGAAACCUGCAAACAGCACGUCUUUGCCUCCUAAUGGCAGCACCGUUGAUCCUCCAGCAGGGGCACUGUGUGAGCAGGUUCAAAUCCAGGCAGAGGUUUUUCUCACCCUGGGUAUUGUGAGUCUUCUGGAGAACAUCCUUGUCAUCUUGGCUGUGGUCAAGAACAAGAACCUUCACUCUCCGAUGUAUUUUUUCCUGUGCAGCCUGGCUGCCGCGGACAUGUUGGUGAGUGUUUCGAACUCUUUGGAGACCAUUGUCAUUGCCAUACUAAGCAGUCGCCUUUUGGUGGCCAGUGACCAUUUUGUGCGUUUGAUGGACAAUGUGUUUGAUUCAAUGAUCUGUAUAUCUCUCGUGGCAUCAAUCUGCAACCUCUUGGCGAUUGCCAUCGACCGCUACGUCACGAUUUUCUACGCUUUACGCUACCACAGCAUAGUUACCGUACGCAGAGCGCUGGUGGCCAUCGCUGCGAUCUGGUUGGUGUGUGUGGUUUGUGGGAUCGUCUUCAUAGUGUACUCCGAGAGCAAGACCGUGAUUGUUUGUCUGAUCACAAUGUUCUUUGCCAUGCUGGUGCUCAUGGCCACUCUCUAUGUACACAUGUUUCUUCUCGCCAGACUUCAUGUCCAGAGAAUCGCAGCAUUACCCCCAGCGGCUGCCGGUAACCCAGCCCCACGUCAACGCAGCUGUAUGAAGGGAGCCGUGACCAUCUCUAUCCUCCUCGGUGUGUUUGUGUGCUGCUGGGCACCAUUUUUCCUCCACCUCAUUCUGCUGGUGUCCUGUCCACACCAUCCGCUCUGCCUCUGCUACAUGUCUCACUUCACCACGUACCUGGUCCUCAUUAUGUGCAACUCUGUGAUUGACCCCCUCAUCUACGCCUGCCGCAGUCUGGAAAUGAGGAAGACCUUUAAGGAGAUACUGUGCUGUUUUGGCUGUCAGCCUCCACUUUAGACGGAUUUGAUAGGAGACUGAAUGUACAAAGAAAAAGUUUAUCUUGAUGUAAGAUGCCAAAGUAUGGUGGUCAUAAUGAGGUUACAUAUCAAGAGAUAAAGAUUUGGACAAAUGCAGACUCGUGGCACUCAGGAAAAAAAAUGGAAAUUUGCUGAGCACUAAAAAGGAUUUGGAAAGCACAGAUGAUGCAAGAAAAUCAGAGAACUGGGGAUGGGUCGAAUGUGACCUAUCGCUUGCUGAAAGGGCAAAUCAAUUAUGUGUUAGUUGUGUCUAUUAUGUGCAUUCAUUAUGCAGUGGGGUCUGACAGUAUGAAACUACACUGAAAAUCUAGGAUUUAAAAUCUCAUUAAAUCAAUGGACAGUUUUAGGAUUUAAGAUAAGAACAAAAUGUGUAAAAGAGAUGAUUAACAAUAAAAUAAAAUACUUAAAUUGCUGCAUUAUUUCUAAUUGCCAAUUCAAAUGAGUAAAUUAGUGACACUCAUCGUUUGAAUUUUUCAGAAGACAUUUUGGCAAAUCGGUGGUGAAUUUUUAAGAUCUUGUUUGUACAUUUACAUAUUAUCUGCUUAUGGCCCACUGAUGGUUAGGUUUAUGGGUGGAUCUUACCAGAAAUAUGAUGUACCAAUCAAAUUGUUAAAAAAAUCAAGUUUGCCAAAACCGUUAUCUCUUUGGAUCAUUUAAAUUUAUA